AUAACUGUGGGAGUUAUCGUCCUUCCCAAAAAAAGAAGAGGAAGAAAUGGAAAGAAAGAAAGAAAAGAAAAAAACAAUUGUUUACCGCGAAAUCGUGAAAUGGCAUAGCCAAUUUCGAUAUAUCAAAUCUUAUAUUCGCUUUUCGGAAAUAUACCUUCUCCAAAAACAAUUUCAGAUUUAUAAACUGGUGCCCAAUGUAUUUUCACUUUCAUUUUAUAGGUAUAACACGCUUGUCGGCUGUGAUCGGUUACCUCGGUUAGAAGCCAGACACAUAUGUAAAUUCUAGUAGAAAUGGACAAUAUAUGCCGAAGAUCAUAUUUACUACUUCAAAAACUCAGCAGACCGUUGAUCGGUGGUCGUUUUGAAUUGUUAAGAAGUCCCAUGGUCAAUCCAAAGGUGCAUUUUCACUUGUCAGCAGUGACAACAGAACUUCAUUUGAAAAAUCUCGAUUAUUCUUUGCCUGUAAGGUUUACAAAGAACAUCAACCAGGAAUGCUUAUUUGUUAAAACCAACAUACCCUCUAACAAUGAACGUAUGGCUGUGUUUUUAAUGAAAGGUUUACCAUCAUUAACACUGAAGACCGGAUGUGGAUUUAGACUGAACACUUCAGAGGAAAACUUUAGUGUAUCGGUGCAUGCAAUAGAUAAACAAAGAGCGGAAGAUUCAGUGGCUGAUGUCAGGGGAUGGCUGGAGGAAACGCUGAAUACUGGCAUUCAAAAACACUCCUAUCGCAAAAAGCUUUAUAUUCCAUAUGAAAGAGACUUGCCAACAGUCAUUCUGAUCCGGGCAUUGACUUACAGGGGUCACAACAAUAUCAAGGCUAUCGCAUCCAAAACCGGUACUCGGAUAUCGUAUUCUGCACGUGGAGUUCAGCCUCUUCAUUUAAUGGUGCAUGCAAAUUCAGAAGAACAACUAUGGGAGGCAGUGAGACUAGUCAGAAAUUUGUUUGACCAAACCUUAGAACAGCUGACUAAUUGGUCAGUAGGAAAGUUAAUGAUUCCAGGUGAUCUGCCGGCAGAUUUUGACAUUUUCUCUUUCAUGGAUCUCAUACCAAUAACUCUAAAUGAAAAAUUUGGAGAGAGUAGGCCCAUCGUGACGUUGUGUUGGAAUGAAUAUAAGACUGCAGAAGAGGAGCCCUAUGCUUACUAUGACAUCAGAGCAGACACUCCCGAGACUUUGAAGGAAGUGGGUAAUCUUUUAUUGCGACUAAUUCAACAGGAAGUAGAACAGUUUAAGUAUCAGGUGCACGACACUGUGCUUUAUCCACCCAGGGAAAAAUACAAGAAAUUUACCAAAAUCAUGAACACUUCAGGACUCCAUUUAUUCAAUAACUGGAAAAUGAAUGAUGAUUCUCUGAAGAAUGUCAGACUACACUUCAAAGGAAAUGAAGAGAGGAAAAAUGAGAAAAUGAUGACAGGAAUUCCACAGAAAGCUGCAAAAAUUCAUAUCAGGGGAGAUAAUUCAGAGGAUGUUGCAAAAGUGGUUCAGGAGUUAAAUAGGUUGAUUAAAAACUAUACUGAUGUAUAUACUCAUUAAACAUUGUCAAUGUCUUUCUCUACAUUAUAUUGAUACAAAUGGGUAGCAUUAAACAGUUCACAAGUUA